CGCGGGCUUGUUGGCAUGAGCAAACGGAAGAAGGGUGUGUCGUUGGACGAGAAGCGGGAGCGGAUCCUGAAGUUGUACCAUGAGAACCUCGAGGUAUACAACUUGAAGGAAGUGGAGAAGUUGGGGUCGAAGGCAGGUGUUGUGCUGCAGACCAUCAAGGACGUCAACCAGGCAUUGGUCGAUGACAACCUCGUCGACACGGAGAAAAUUGGGUCAGGCAACUACUUUUGGUCGUUCCCGAGCAAAGUAGCGCAACAACGGAAGCGGAAACUGGAAGACCUGGAGGCAAAACGGACAGAACUCAAAGCAAAGAUUGAGUCUACGAAACACGCUGUGGAAGCACGGAAGUCUGUGAGGGCAGACUCGGACGAUCGAGUCGUCAAGUUGGAACGCCUUGCUCAGCUCAGAAGCGACAUUGAAGCAGCGAAUCAAAGGCUGCAUGUUAUGAGUGAAAACGACCCAGACCUAAUGAAGAAACUCGGUACGACGACCAGGAAGCGCCCUCACUACUAUCACGUGACACCAUGCAGGCAACAAAGUGAAAGUCGCCAAAGACGGUGUGGACCGUUGGACAGACAACGUGUUCAACCUCAAAGCCUGGGUAAUCAAGAAGAACAGUUGUUCAUCGGCAGAGGUUGAAAAGUGGCUUGGCAUCCAAGACGACUUCGAUUACCUCGAGUAAAGUAUUACUCUAAAUCAACGUGAGCACAUCAAUAUCAGCCGUGGUAUACCUGC